AUGGCCGGACGCACGAGGCCGGACGUGUGUGGCCCAGCAGUGCCUGAGGCGCCGUACCCUGUCUAUCUCGAUGGCCUCGUAGAGCAUGGGUUUGGGCGUGGUGGCAAGAAACUGAACACGCCGACUGCGAACCUGCCGCUCUCGUCGCAGCACGCCGUUGCCGAAUCUACGCGGCUCGCCGAGACGGGCAUUUACUAUGGCUUUGCGCAGCUGGACGUGCCGAAUGGCGAGUCCAUCUAUCCGCCAGUGGACGCAAAGGUGUAUCCGAUGGUUAUGAGCUUUGGAUACAACCCACAUUUUGCGAACAAGGACAAGACGAUCGAGGUGCAUGUCAUGCACGGGUACGCUGCUGACUUUUACGGCAAAGGUAUGCGCGCCAUCGUGCUGGGAUAUAUCCGCCCAGAGUUGAAGUACGAUUCGCUGGAGGCAUUGAUUGCGGAUAUUGAGAAGGAUAAGCAGGUGGGAAUUGCGUCGUUGGAGCGCCCAGCGUACACGAAGUACAUCCAAGACCCUUUUUUUAGGCAGUCGUAG